AUGCUUGAACAACAACCCCAAGAAUCAAACCAUCGACCCAAUCAGGCGCCAUCUGAGGAGCCAGACGGCCCCAAUGUGACCCCAACAGAUGGAAACGAGAGCUUGUUGCCCGACCACCAGACGCCAUCGACCAGUCGACUAGAUCACUCAUCGUUCGGGUUAUGGAUCGCGGGGUCAUACGCUGCGUUAUCCUCGUUUAGCUGGAUUGCUAUUGUCUAUCUCACCUUUCGGCCGAUUUCGAGUCAUAACCUCAGCUAUAGCACACACAAAGACGCCGAUCACAAAGCCGUCUUGAAGGGCCUCACCAUACCCAAGGUAGACGUGCUAUUCAAAGAAAACGAGGAUUGGAUACAGACAGCAAGAGUGCUGAUGUCGUUUGUUGGUGUCUUUUCUAUCCCGGCCGCCUCUGCGAUAUGUGCCAGCGCUGCAGCAGUUUAUUCCCAGAGACGAGCCAGAUCUAGGAGUGCCGAUAAGACUAUUAGACAGGUCAUGAUGUUGGCAGAUCGGAACUGGACAAAUCCAUUUACGUACGCUCGUGCCCUGACGCCUGGUGGUUGGAAACGGUAUGGGAGUUGGCUCUUAGCUGUCGCCAUAUGUGUCCAUAUCCUGGGGUUCAUCAUAGCUCCUCUUCAGCAGAUCUUCUUAUCCUCGAAGACAAUCAAAAGGCCCCAAUUAGGGGGACAUACCGAAAACCUCUUCGACAUUCCAUCCCAACUUGCAAACUACCGCGGGCGUACCAAUAACACGGUUGUGCUGGCCACUCGCGACGCCCUUGAGCGGACCAGUGUCGUGCAGCCUCAAGCACAACUAUGGCCCCCCGGGAACGAAGUGUGUACUACAACAUAUAACGAGCAUUGUCCCGAUAUGACAACAUUUGCAAAUAUCUCCAUUUAUCCGGACCCCUUUCUAGCUCAAUUGCUAAAUGGAUAUAAUACUGGGUUAAUUCGCCAGUAUCUACCGCGUAUCAACUCAACAACCACCGUUACUCCCACUGAAUUUCCAAAGGACUGCGGCGAUACGCCGGGGUCUUUAUACUUUUACCACGAGAAUGUCUUCAAGUCUAGCAGCACCAAUUAUUCUUGGACAGUAACAGCGUGCAUGCCAGCAGAUAUGCGACAGUCUCCCUGGAGCUCAACGCGUGAUCGCCAGGACUUUUCGGAGGAACUGUAUGUCAACAUCACAUAUGGAAGAGUGAGCUCUACCGAACACUCACUUGACCGUUACAUUGUCAAGAUCGCGGUAAACACAACAGCCGGAUACUUUGAGCUUCCCAACUACAGUAAUGGGGGAAAGGCUGGACCGCUGUUAGAAAAGAGACCCAAUUGCACUGACGACAACAAUUGCGAGAUUCAGUAUUCCGACUAUUGGAGAAUUGCAAACCCCAAAGGGGUCUAUCUAGACACACACAAAGGCCCCCUACAAACGCUCACACUCGCCUUAUUCGGUCCCGACUGCUUCUUCGAAGCAUGGUCCCGGUCAAAACCACCUCCCCAGGACGCUGGAAUCCAUGGAUCUGGGUCUUCAGACCCAGAUAUUUGUCUCAGCAUGGCACCACUGGGUGGACUUUUCCUAAACCAGGACGGAUUUCUGGAUAUACGGAACCUCACUUCAAAAGAGUACCCGGCCAUUGUGCCUUUCCCGUGUGGUUUCAACGGAGCCCAAACAGCCGAAGAAGCGAUCCACCAGUGGCUAGCGGUUUUCCGACAAGUCAGCAUCGGCCGCCUUGAAAACGCAUUCAACGCCGCUGCGUUCCUGGCGAACCAAGCGUGGAUGGAAUUCGGCAACGAAGACCUUUCGUUCCGUAUUAAUGUAUACUGGGAUAUGGGGAAGGAUACUUCGAUUCCGACGUUCUCGGUUGGCGGUAUUGUGACGGUCUCGAUUUUGCUCGGUCUUUAUCUGUUUAUUCUAAUUGGGCUUGGGUUUUAUUCUACCCGAUAUCCUAGAUGGACGGAACAGUUGGAUUCGUUUGCGAUGAUGAGGAUUGGGGCUUCGGUUGCGGAUGACGUCCCUUUACUUGCCGCUGCUGGGUCGAGCCAUGUUGCCGUUCUGGAUAAGAUACCUGGCAUAAUGGGGGAUUCUGGACCGGAGCAUGAGCGAAUUGGGAAGCUUGCACUUGGAGGACCUGCUCCGUUGGCAGGUAAGCGGCUAUAUGCGUCUUAUAAAUGGAGUUUAUAG